GGGGUCUGGGACCCGGCGAGCACGUGAGCAUCUGGCGAGGAUGAGCGCCCGGCCCAGGAGAGGAGGGGAGGCCGCGCCGGGCGGGAACCCGCGGCCAGGGGAGACUUGGAGCUCCAGUUUUCAAAAGACUUGAAGGCAAGAUGAAGAAGCAUUUGCUUUUCUGGGGAGUCCUGGCCAUUUUUGUUAAGGCUUUUCUUGUGACAGCCCAAGACAAAGAUGAAGGGACUGUUCUUGCUAACAACAAAUGUCAGUGUGCCCGCAUUACCUCCAGGGUCAUCCCUUCUCCCGAAGAUCCUAGCCAAGACAUUGUGGAGAGAAACAUCAGAAUUAUUGUUCCUGUGAACAACAGGGAGAAUAUCUCUGAUCCCACCUCACCAAGGAGAACCAAAUUUGUGUACCAUUUGUCCGACCUCUGUAAAAAAUGUGAGUCUACAGAAGUGGAACUGGGAAAUCAAGUGGUUACUGCCACCCAGAGCAAUAUGUGUGAUGAAGACAAUGAGACCUGCUACGCUUAUGACAGAAACAAGUGCUAUACAAACAAGGUCCCGUUUACCUAUGGGGGUAAGACCGUGAUGGUGGAAACGGCCUUGACCCCGGAGUCCUGCUAUCCUGACUAAUUUGAGUCAUUGCUGACCGCACAGCUGCUUAUCUUGAAAUGCUCUCCAUUUUGAUCCAGAAAGUUAAUAUAUUUAUGGCCAGUGAAUUUGAAACCACAAUUUUUGGAUAAUGUAAAACUACCCCUUCCCCAAGUAAUUGAAAUAGUAAAUUGUUAUUUUUAUUAGGUUAUUACUUCUCAACUCUAAGUAUUGUACCUGCACAUUCUAAGUGUUGAAUCUUUUACUUAUCAUCCUUGCCUGAAGGGGCGGGGUAUGUAUUAAGAAUAUAAUCUCUAACAUUUAAAAAAAUAGAUAAGGAAAGAAAAUGAAACUUAAGGUUAAAAAUCAAGAUACAGAAUUGUUUUCUUUUUCUUGCUUUGCCUUGGAGAGCCAUAGCUUUUGCACGUUCAUGCUAUUCUCUUUAAAAAAAGUAAAACUGUGUAGAGAAAAGUGAUAUGUAAACACUGGUAGAUUGUAGGUUUUCAUUCCAAAAAUGAUUGGAAAACAUGUUUUAGAAAUAUUUAUGAAAUAAUUAAAAUUGAAUCUUUAAUAUUUAUGAAACCAGUGAGCUUAAAGUGACAUAAUUAAAUGCAUAAUUGGAAAAAUACGUUUUGAUAUAACACAGAUUUGGUAGCAGAUAAAGAUUUUUUUUUAAUAUAAAAAAACUUUUUUUUUUUUUGGAUAAUCAGGAUAGUGUAAGAAAUUGCCAUUGGAAAUAAUCAAUGUUGUAACUGAAUCUAAUGAAAUAUGUAU